CACCUAAAAAUGGAGAGGGACAAAAAUGAUUUGGAUAAAGAAAUAAAGAAUCCUUUUUGUUUAUCUAUGAUAUUCUAUGAUCUAUUGGGUUAAGAGAUGAAUGCAUCUAAAAUAACAUAUCUUAGUGAGGAUGUGUUAUCUACUUUGGAAUUGAGUGCUCUAUUGGCAGCAAUCCGAAAGUAUCAUAAAGAUAGGUUUGAUAAGAAUCAAUUCAGUGUUAGAGUUAACAUCAGCGACUAUAAUACUAAGAUUCAUGAUUUACAGGAAUAUUUUGGUGAAGUGAAAAGUCUUUUAGUUCGUAAUGAUUUAAGAACUCAUCAUUAUCUUUGGCUUGAGUCAUUAUUAUCCUUAGUGGAAAUAUUGAUUGAGUGCAAUGACAACCUUUGCAAGAAUUAUAUCAACAUUUCUCCCUUUGAGCUUGAAUCAUAUAUGAAAUUAAUGGAAUCCAUUGGCCCUUCCUUGAAUCAAUUAGCAUCCGAUUUUGGAAUACUUUUAGAAAGAUUUUUAUCAAGUGAAGUCUUAUCAAUUGAUAAAUUGGUUUCAUCCCAGGUAUUUGAGCCAUUCCAAGAAUUAUUAUACAACUCCCUUGAAAUGUUAGUCAUAGAUAGAGUAGAUGAUACCAGUUAUUUAAACUUUUCUGAAUUCAUCCUUGUUCAUAUUCAACAAUGUUUGGUUAGUAUCUUUGAACGUGAAAAGUUGGUUGUUGAUGGAUUGCCUCUUGUCACUCAAUUUGUUAGAGUUAUUUAUAUGGUUGGUGAAUCGCAUUUAUUACUAGCGUUAACAUCAUUACCAGUUAUUGAUCCCAAAUAUCUUACCAAAGUUAUAGACAAGUCAGAAAUUACCUUGAAUGAUAUUCUUCAUUAUUAUAAAUAUGUUGCCUUGAACUAUCUAACAUUGUCUAUCUUGGAGAGUUCAGUUGAAUAUAAUAGAAAAGCUGAUGUAUACUUUAAAGUUUUACUUUACUUUCCAAACCUUAGUAAGUCUUUGUUCCCAUAUGGAGAUGGUAAAUCUUCAAAAGGAUUUGAGAGGCUUAACGAUAACACAAUUGGUCUUUUGGAACGUCAAGAAAUUUCAUUAAUGUUCAUUAUGAAUAGUUUGUUAAAGCUUACGGAAAUUCAACAGUAUUUUAAAAUGAGUGAUACCUAUAAUCUGGAGUUAUUAUUCUUGAAAUCAUCUUUAUCUUAUGUGUUAUCUGAUGACCUUGAUAAAUCGGCUUCUCGUCCAGGAAGUACCCAUUCAAGUGCAAUCUCAGUUCCAAAAAUCAAUCAACUCGAACAACAGAAGAAUUUUGAAUUCAGAAAAAGCAAAAUAGUGAGUUCUUUAAGAGUAAGAUCAUUGAGCUAUAUAAUAUUACUAGGAUCAUACAAAGAAAAGCUUACAUAUAUUAUUCAAUUUCUUAAUAAUUUACCAAGAUAUGAAAAAUCAAGCUCCAUAAUACCAUCACAUAGUGAUAUUGAAGAAGGUGAUAAUUCUCUGGACGAGUUGUCAUUAGGAAAGAGCUUAUUUUUAACUGCAACUAAGACCAUCAAUCAAUCAUUCCCAAAGUUAUCUUACAAGUUCUUGACUGAAGAUGUGGGAAUAGAUCACGUUACUAACGCUAAUGAGAGAGAACCACUUUCUUCAAGUUUAGUUGCACCAACUCUACCUGUAGAUCAGAUUAUAUUUGCUUCAACUAGUCGUGAGAUGCAAAAUAUUGCAAAGAAGAUGUUAUGAGUAAUCUUGUUGUCUUAUGUUUUAAUUUAGUCUAAAUAGUGUAAUAUACAAUAAUGUGUUGGGACCUCUUUUUGGCCUUGUAGCAAAUAUUCCAGAAGAAUAUUAUUAGACAGAAAGACUCUUCUUAAUAAGUCAAUACAUUAUCCAUCAAUCACCAAAUAUCUUACCUUAAAAACUUUCAUUUUUUUUUUCGAAAUAUACAUUUAUUUAAUAUUCUAUAAAUUUAGAAAUAUAAAUGGAGUGGAAACUUUCAAAUUUCUAUAAGUUGUCGGUUUAAAUAUUAAUUAUGAAUACUAUCUUUUCUUUAGAUACUAAGUCUACUUUUUAGAUACAUAAUAAAUGCUACUCAUUAGAAAAAAAAAUACUAUUUUUGCAAUCAAUUUUUUUCCAAAAUUUG